AUGGCUCUCGAGACAGGUCAGCUUAUUGCCGAACGGCUUCGCUGCGUAAUCUUUGAUGAGGCGCACCACGCGGUAGGUCGCCAUCCCUACGCCGAAGUCCUCAGACUGCUGAGAGAUGGCUGCUGUCCUGCACGGAUCUUGGGACUCACGGCCAGCUUCAUGCAUGGAAACUCGGAUCCGGAACGCCGGCUGGAGGUGCUGGAGGACCGCUUCAGGGCCAAGGCUUUCUCGCCCCAGGUUCACCCGACCUUGUCGCACAGCGAGCGGCGCUUCACGAAAGUGCCCUGGUUUGAGUCAGCACAAGAUCGGGACGGGACACUGGCGGCCUACGCUAGGUAUGCGAGCCACUUGGAUAUCCUUGUCGAGAACUUGAAAGAGCUGACGCAGUUCAACUGGGAGCUUCAGAACUCCCUCGAAAGAGAGAAGGGCCGCCUCCGUGGAGUUUUGGAGAGCCUGGGGCCUGCAGCCUACCAGCCCUUCGUGCAGGAAAGCCUUCUCGAAGUGGUCCAGGCGAAGCUCUCCAGCAAGUUGGCUUUUGCAGAUGGAGACGCCGUGGAGUGCUUGCAGAGGGCCCUCGCACUGCUGCCUCAUUGCCGGGAAGUUCUGUCCAGCAGGGUGAGCACAGUGAGUGAUGAAGCGAGCAGGAAGUUUGAGGCACUGUGCAAGCUUCUGAGGCGUCUCCUGUCGGGUUCAACGGACAAAAUCUUAGUCUUUGUUGAGCGUGUGUCGGUGGCUGGACCCAUGGCACGGCUUCUGGAAGCAUCUACCGGGGUCGAGAUCGCCCAUGUGUGUGGUGUUCAGGGCAUGGAGGAAGGUCUUCGUUUGUGGAAUCUGCAGCGGUUCCGCACCACCUGCCGAGUCUUGGUGGCCACUGCAUCCCUGGAGGAAGGUUUGGAUGUGCCAGACUGUCGCUAUGUGGUACGUUACGACUUCUUCAGCAGUGCCAAGAGCCACGUUCAGGGAGCCGGCCGUGCGCGACACGGGGAGGCCGAGAUCUUCUACUUCGACAACGAUCCAGAAAUGGAGGAAGACCGUCGCCGUCGCAUCGAAGAUGCCUUGAACUUGAGCCUGAGCCGCUCCGAGACAGAGCAGCAGCCGCCGCAGCCGCAGCCGCCGUUGGCCUCCAUGGCCUCCUCCGCCUCCUCCCUUCCAACUGGCACUGAGAGUCUCGGCGAGGGCAUUGGCCAUGCCUGGGGCGAGGAACAGACUCUUUGGGACUAUCGCCAGAACAAAUCCUUCAGGGGUAUGACCUGUGCCUGUGGUGCACUUCUGCACAUCACUAGCCGUGCUUACGGGCGGGGUCGGAAGAAGAAGGAGCGCAUUUUCUCGGUGCAAGGCGCGCUGGUUUGUCCGAUUCCCACGGCGCGAGACAAAAAUGGGAGCGUAAGAGCCUAA